GGCGUGAACAUCGCAAGUGUCAGCCGAAUAUUGUAGAACUAGAAAUUAUAGAACUCUCGGAUUUACGUGUGCGUGUGUGUAGCAGUGUGUGAUUUUCCUGGGAUUUCCCGCGUUCGGUGGCCGUAAAAAAGACUAAAAAAGAAACAAAACUGAAUUGGCAACCUUCCCAGACAACUGCGGAAAUGCGAAAGUGAAAGCGGCCGGCCAAGAAGAACGGACAGCAAAUCACCAGAACGACCCCAUAUAAUAUAGUAUGUCUUCGACGCUGAAGACCAGCAGCCAGAGUGGCGGCAUGUACGUCAAGACGGCGGAGAUUUCGGGCAAGGAGAGAGGCGGCUGCUACGGCGGAUUCAUGUCGCCCCCGCUGAGUGCCAAUAUUGGGGCAAACAACAGGGAGACGGGGGACAUUUUCCGGGUGCCAGCAAAGGUGGAAACCGAUGGCCAUAGUCACUUUGCCACGGCGGAGUUGCAGUUCCCUGACUUUUCGCACCUCUGCUUUGCCGCCGAGACGCCCAACUCGGUGUUCAGUGACUGCCAGCACAGCUACGCAGCUGGACAGGAUCAGCAGCAGGAUUCGGAUCAGGAUGACAUAGUCUGCGCCGCCGCGGGAAAUACGGGAAUGCCCUACCAGCAGGGCCAGUACACGCAGCUCAAUCGCGAGGACAUCUUUCGCUUCGAGCCGGAAGACAUAGCCCGGCUGACUGGAGAAUCGGAUCUGCCCGGACUGCUGCAACCUCCCCAGACGCCAUACACCCCGUACACACCCUACACACCGUACACACCCUGCAGCGGGCAGAACAGCCAACUUCCCGUGCAGCCGGCAAGUGACUCCAUCAAUCUGGAUAUUGAUUACUUUAAUUAUGACGAGAUUAAUUGCCAAUCGAAAAACCAAUCACCGUGCUCAUCGCCGCACCUCGAUGCCUGGCUGAACUUUAAUCUUGGCGAGAUUUCAGCAGUCGCCACAGCGAGUGCCGCCUCGCCAAAAUUGUGCAAUGUGUUCGAGGAACAGGAGCAGCAGCUGGAUUUGGCCAAGGCGGUUACCUCGCCCACGAAGCUUCCCUCGAUGAGCUCGACCUUCGGCACCCCCAAAUGCAUUCCCAUGUGCGCCAGCAACUACGAGGACUACGCGAAUCUUUACCAGGGAUCUGGGUAUACCACCACCGAGAACUACCAGAACAACAUGGCCCAGGCCAUCGAGAAGCCCAAUCGCGAGCACAAGGCCAUCUGGACCAUCGAUGAGCUGGACGAGCUAAUGCUGGGCGAGCAGCAGCAGUUCUAUCAGCAUCAGUUGCAGCAACAGCAACAGCAGCAGCAGCAGGAGUUGCAGCUGCAUCAGCAACAUGAACCGCAGCAACAGCAAUCCGAGAUCUGUAAAUCCGAUAUGGUCAACUAUUUGGCGGAUGACUAUAUCAAGGCCGAGGAGUUCCAUAACCUGGACAGUGAGGACGAUGAGAACUACAACGAGGAGGAGGAGGAACUGGACAACGAAGUGUUUGCUCCACCUAUGGAGAAUGAGAACAAGCCGGACUCAAUCUGCUGCGAUCCGGAGGCGGAGGCUGAGAUCGAGGCCACGAUCCCACUCAUCUGCCGCUGGACGGGCUGCGACGAGGAGUUCCCCCACCAACAGGCCUUCGUGGAGCACAUCGAAAAGUGCCAUGUGGAUGUGCGCAAGGGAGAGGACUUCUCCUGCUUUUGGCUGGACUGUCCCAGGCGGUACAAGCCCUUCAAUGCCCGCUACAAGCUGCUCAUCCACAUGCGAGUCCACAGCGGCGAGAAGCCCAACAAAUGUCCGUUUCCCGGUUGCAAUAAAGCAUUCUCGCGUUUGGAAAAUUUGAAAAUUCAUCAGCGCUCGCACACGGGCGAGCGGCCUUAUGGCUGCCAGUAUAAAGGUUGCCUCAAAGCGUUCAGCAAUAGCUCGGAUCGGGCGAAACAUCAAAGGACCCACUACGACACGAAACCCUAUGCCUGCCAGCUGCCAGGAUGCACGAAGCGCUACACGGAUCCCUCCAGCCUCCGCAAACAUGUCAAGAACCACGCGCUGCGCAACGCCAACGGACAGCUGCGGCGCAAAUCCGCCGGCGGCGCCUCCAAUCCCCCACCCUCCGGUCCAAAGAAGACGGCCAAAACUCGCCGCCACUCGGAGUCGGCCCUGCUGCAAGGGGGCGGGGCAGGGGCAGUAACAGGGGCGGGUGCAGGUGCAGGUGCCGUAGGGGAUCAACGCCAGCACCGCAGCAAUAGCUGCAGCGAGGCAUUGCAGCUGCAGACCGAGCAAAGCGACAGGAUAGACCGCAACAAUUGCGGCACCGGUGUUGCAGCUAAUAACAAUUCAAUGAACUUUAAUGAGUUGUCAAAUUGCAUUGUCAUCAUUGAGCACAAUCAGAGCGGCAGGGGAACCGCAAUCGGAACAUAUGGCAAUGGCAAUGGCAAUGACAAUGGCAAUGUCAAUGCUGCUGCACCGGAAACGGAUGCGCUGAGCGUUUGCAGUGGCAGCAGCAACAACAACAACAACAACAACAACAACAGCAAUAAUCAUUACAAUGGAAAUAUUAAUCAAUUAAGCGAACUCGAGCAAAUGCUGACGACGGCGAAGCCUGCAACUACUAAUGGAAUUGGCCCGGCCAAUGGCGACAGCAAAUGCCACUUGAGCGAGUUUGUGUCGUUCGAGUACGUGACCAAAUACCUGGCGGAUGUCUACGAGCCGCCUUCCAAAAGCCCGCCGCCGUCGGCUAAUUUCCAUCUGCAGUCCGAGUUCGACAACAACUUCGACAUGCUGGACUUCCCCCAGUUCAUUUGACUUAAGCCAGCUUAUAAAACUACUAACAUAUAUUCGUAGCAAGAGCCCACCUGGAACAGUCAGCAAAUCAAUGUCCAAAGAUCUCAGUGCCUGAGCCCUUAUAAGAAUUCCUACCACUAGUAAGACACCAUCUCUGUACAUACUUAAAAUAAGCAGUGUAAACUAAGCAUAGAACACACGCCACAAAGAAACGUUCCUGAAUUUCAUUGUAAUCCAGUGAUUAGCCGCGUCUUCCCAGCCUCUUCCCAAAAAUUAAGUUAACUAGAAUACUCUCGGCUAUAAGUACUAUCUGUAAUUGCUUUGUUUAAGUUUGUCAACAAACGCAUUGACCAUAAUAAUUAAUUUUAUUUGCACUUUUUGUCUUAUCAAAUGCAUUUGAAUAUUUAAUUUCAUUUGAAUAUUCAUUUUAAUUACUUGGUGAAACAUGUACACAUUGUAUGGGGUAGCGAAAAAAUAAUUAAAAGAUUGCAGACAAAGUUAAUGAAUUGGAUUAAAAAAGAUUUAAUGUUUGCUUUAUAAAAGAACAAAAUUGGUAAGUGUGAUUUUACUUGCUGACAUCAAAGGGAUAUUUUCGUUU